AUGCAAUGGACGAGGAAAAAAGAUAUAAUGGAUACUAUGGAUUGGAUAGAAUGGAUUCAUGAACUGGGAGAGAACGGGGAUGUUUGGAAAAUGGAAAGAUCACAUGAAGAGAGACUAGGUGGACCUCUGGAAGGUAGAUCGAACGUUGAUGACGAGUUGAAGGGGAAAAGUGGUGCAAGGGAUGUUGGAGGUAAAGAUAAACCUGUAGAACUGGAACAACAUUAUCGACCAACUCCGUUUACAUAUCUCAAUCAGAUAAACCCAUCAUCUCAGACCAACCUACGCUGUCCAGAUCCUAGUCAAUUCCUCCUACUGUUACUUAACAAUUCUGAAAGUAUAGAAGGCGAAUACUGA